GUACGGGUCGGGUAGUGUCACGCUCUUCUGUUAGAAUCCGGAUUUUUGUUUUGUUUUCAACAAAAAUGUCUUCAAUCCAGCUCCAAGGAGAGAUCGACAACGAGCUGUCAACUCCUGCUGAAGAAACAUUGACUGAAUUUAAAGAGAUAAUCAUCAAAUCCGAAGAAGAGAACAGCGAUGAGUGCAAACCGCUGACUGUCUUGCAGCGAACAGAUCUCCCACAAUAUUGUGUGUUUAAAGAGGAGGAGGAGCUCAAUGAGAUAAGCCACAAGGAAGGGAACACCAUCUUAGUUAAAGAGGAACCAGAACCUCUGCAGAUAAAACAGGAGCAAGAAGAAAUAGAACAUCAACAGGUCAAAGAGGAAGAGAAUCAACUCUGCAUCAGUCAGGAUGAAGAGAAGUUUGUGUUGAAAGAGGAGAAGGAAGAAAUUUUUAUAAUUUCUAAUGUAAAAAGCGAUUACGAUGAAACAGAGCCAAACCAGUCCAUCUGUCAGUCAUCUCAAAUUGAGAACCAGGAUGAAAAGGGAAGCAAUUUUGAAGACCAAGGAGAAAGGAGAGAUAAAGAGCAGAAACAAGAUGAUAGAUGGCAGAAAACCAUGCAGAAGAAAGGAACUGAUGACAGUUCAAAGCAAAAAACUGUCAAAAAAACAAACCCAGACAAAAAUAAAUAUGACUGUAAAGGUAAUAGCAGAAUCUUAUGUGGAAAGAGUGACUUGUCCCGAUACAUGAGAACUGACACAGGCGAGAAGCCUUUCACAUGUACAAUCUGUGGAAAAAGCUACAGAUCGAGAAGAGGUUUAAAUUUUCACCUGAGAGGUCACACGAUUGACAAUCCUUUCACAUGCAUUUUUUGUGGGAAAGGUUUCCGCCAGAAAUACCUUUUAAAGUUUCACAUGAGGACUCACACUGGUGAGAAGCCUUUCUCAUGUACAACCUGUGGAAAGAGUUACAGCGAAAGGAAGAGAUUGACUUGUCACAUAAGAAUUCACACAGGCGAGAGGCCUUUCUCAUGUCCGGUUUGUGAAAAACGUUUCAGAGACAGAUAUCAUUUAACUUGUCACAUGAAAACUCACUCAGGUGAGAAGCCUUUCGUGUGCAUUACUUGUAAAAAAGGUUUCAGCCGUCAAAGGAAUCUAAAAAAUCAUAUGAGAACGCAUACAGAUGAGAAACCUUUUAAAUGUACACACUGUGAAAAAAGCUUCACCAAUAGACAUAGUCUCACUUAUCACAUUAGAAGUCACACAGGUGAGAAGCCUUACCUGUGCACAACCUGCGGAAAAGGAUUUAGUGGAAAAAGUAAUUUAACUCUUCACAUGAGAACUCACAUGGCUAAGAAACCUUUUGCUUGUACAACUUGUGGAAAGAGUUACAGUGAAAAGAAGAGACUAAUAUGUCAUAUGAGAAUGCAUGCAGGAGAGAAGCCUUUCCUAUGUAUUACCUGUGGAAAAAGUUUUAUCUGUAGAAGCAGUUUAACUUACCACAUGAAAACUCACACUGGAGAGAAGCCUUACUCAUGUGAGACCUGUAAAACAAGGUUCACCCAAAAAAGCAGUUUAACCACUCACAUGAGAACGCACACAGGGGAGAAGCCUUACACAUGCACAACCUGUGGAAAAUGUUUCAGCCGUAAAAAUAGCUUAACUUUUCACAUAAGAACUCACACAGGUGAAAAACCAUAUCUGUGUACAACCUGUGGAAAAAGAUUUAAUGCGAAAGGUAGUUUAAAUCUUCAUAUGAGAACUCACAUGGCUGAGAAGCCUUUCUCAUGUACAACUUGUGGAAAGGGUUACAGUGAAAGGAGGAGUUUAGAUUACCACAUGAGAACUCACACAGGCGAGAAGCCCUUCUCAUGUGAGACGUGUGAAAAAAGGUUUACCAGCCAAAGGAGUUUAACAUAUCAUAUGAGAACACACACUGGAGAGAAGCUUAAUCAUCCGUGAUGUGUGGAAAGAGUUAUGGUUCAAGAAACUGUUUAACUUCUCGUGAGAGAUAUAUGACCUGUGGGGUGAGAUAGAUUAACAGAAAGUUCAACUUAUCACAUGAGAACUUACACUGGCGAGUAAGGCUGACACAAAUGAUUAGAUUAAUUGUGAUUAAACAAUUUCUAUGAUGAUCAAUUCACUUAAUUGAUCAUCAAGUAAUUUGGUAAUCAAUCUAUUAUCCAGAGUAAUGUACACGGACUAUAAAACAUGCCAUACUGAAAAAAGAAACCUACUUACAGCAGCUAUUAAUUCAAAACUACAAAAAACAUUUUAAAAUACGUAAUCAAGGUUUUUCUCUCUAACUUUCAAAUGUUUUUUUAUUCAGAAAUGUUGAUCUACUAAAAGUAGUUAUUUUUAGGUUGAUCAAAAAAAAUAACUGCAGCCCUACAGACGAAAAGCCGUUUCUAAUGUGAGAGGUGCUGAAAAACGUUUCAUCUAUGUAAAAAGUUGGACUGUUUGCACAGAUGAUCUCAAACAGCAGAAGUGGCGUUAUGUAAACAUCAUGUAUCAAAUGCCAUUUUUCUCAUAAAAGGCUCCAUAUUUAAUUUAAUCUUUAUUCAAUUUAAUUUAAUUAUUUUUUUUUUAAACCAGGUAGACUGAAUUAAUUUUUAAUAGAAAUGCAUGUUAUCCUGAAGCAGCCAAACAUAUGGAAAAGUUUAUAAGAAAACAACACUGCACCCUUAAAUCCAGUGAGUAAUGGUGAUAAGAAACCAGAGGUCAAGAAGACUGACAGGCUACCAUCACACUGCAGGCAGGCAGAAGGGGUUGAUGUCGCUACUGUCUAACCAUAAAUUCCAGUGAAAAUUACACACUGUACUGUAGCUUGAAGCGGCAUUGCACUCAGCAGCCUGUUGGUUUUCAUUCCGUCUGACGAGUUGUUCAGCAGCUCUGCUUAAUACUAAACUAUGAUUAACAUAAAAAUUAAGGGACACAAUUUGGUUUCUUUUUCACUUCUGACGAAAGACUAUGCAUAAAAGCUUGUCUUUUGGCUAAUUCUGGCAUAUUUUAUGGUUGUACUGUUACAGUUUUUUUUAAGUUAUUAUUUAUUAAUAAUGUGUCAUCACUAAAAUAUGGAUUUAAAAUGUUUUCAGAUUCAGACAGACAUGAUUUUAGGACUCCAAGUUUGUCUGUUCCUAUAUUUUAUGUGUCUAAUGAUAUCAGUUCAUGGAUGAACGUUACCAGUGAAUAUAUAUAAUAGUAGGCAAUGAAAAAAUUACCAAUUUCUUAAGUUUUUUCUGAAUUUGUAUCUAAUUAUCUCACACAUCCUAUGACAAUUUUGAAAUAAUACUGAUUAUAUUAUGGGGGUAAUGUAGAAUAUGUUUUUUAUUUUUUCACAUAUUUUGAAAUUUUUGUUGUUUUAAGCUACUAAGAUUUGUACCUGGUUGUUGUUUUCUUUCAAUUAUUUGACCUUUUGAUAAAAGUGUAGUUUUUAUAUUAGAAAGUCUAUGCAUUAAAGUGAUCAAAUGUCUAAAGCAAAAGUUACAAUAAAACCAUUCAUAAAUGUGAACUAUGAAGUCUUUUUGCAUUCAAUGCUCUUUUUCAUUAGUUUACCAGCUGCUUGUGAAUGACUCAAAAGGUUUAUGCAGAACAAUUCCGCUGUAGUCAGGUUUAAUUUAUUUUUCUUUCCUCGAGUUAUGUUUUUUUAUUACAUAUUUAUUUUGUUUUAACUCUUUCAGUUCUGGACA